GCACUCUAUAUGUUUGUAGGAUCUCUGAACACACGUGGGGAGUCGGUUUGAACACUAAGUAAAGAAACUCAAGUACAUCUGGUCGUGCACAUCACAGAAAAUACAAAUAUCAAAUCAAAGGCCGAAAACGAAGAAAUGCAUUUUGACGAGUUAUUGACAAUCGUGAAUGGCUUUGGCCCCUACCAGAAAGCUCGCCUGUUUCUGAUUUGUUUGGUGGGUAUUGUGUGUGCUUUCCAUGCCAUGAAUAUGGUGUUCGUAGGUGCUAAACCAGACUAUCAGUGUAAGAUUGGUGCUAUGAACCUUUCUGAAAGUGACGGCUUUGUAAACACAAGUUUCUCACAAUGGGUGGAGUUUUUAAGAUUUGACGAAGACGGAUGCCAGAUCUAUAGCCCGUUAAAAACGUACGACAUGGUCGCCAACGGGACUCUGGUGAUCCGAGGGUCCAAAGUCACGGGAGACGCUAAUCUUCCCUUAGAAUCCUGCUCGGAAUGGGAGUACUCCAAGGAUGUAUAUGGUCCGACGAUCGUGUCUGACUUUGACUUAGUGUGUAGUCAGGCAUGGCUCCGGAGUACCUCGAAGACGUUCUACUUCUUAGGCCGUCUGUUGGGGGCGGUCAUAUUCGGACAACUCUCGGAUAUAUUUGGGAGGAAGCCGAUGUUCUUUUUCGGACUGCUAUUCCUGCUGAUAGCCGGAUGUGUCGCAGCUGUAGCGCCAUCUAUGUUUGUGUUCAUUCCAUUCUACAUCCUGCAAGGGGCAGCACAAACCGGCCUCUUUCUAGUAGCGUACACAAUGUGUACAGAAUUGGUGGCACCUAAAUACCGACUGAUGGCUGGGUUUAUGAUACAGAGUUUUUACAGUGUGGGAUACAUGACUCUUUCCCUGAUGGCCUACUUUAUCCGCCAUUGGCGUUACAUUGAGGCUAUCAUCACCAUUCCUGUGGCCCUGUUUGCUGCCUACUGGUGCGUUUUACCCGAAUCCGUCCGCUGGUUGCUUUCCAAGAACAGGGUGGAUGAGGCCAAGGAAAUCAUGAGAAAUGUGGCCAAGACCAAUAAAGUAGUUCUUACUGACAACAUGAUGGAAAAUCUAACCGAUAAGAAAGACCAACCGGAAGUACUCGACAAUAGGAAAUACACUUUUGUUGACCUGAUGCGCCCUCUCCCAAUGUGUUUGCUAUCCCUCAACGUUUGGUUCAAUUGGUUAAUCAAUGCUAUGGUGUACUACGGCCUUUCCCUCGGUACGGACAAUCUCGGGGGUGACCCCUACGUCAACUUCUGUAUCGCCGGGGCUGUAGAGAUCCCCGCGUACGCUCUCUGUAUCAUCUUCCUCAACAAACUCGGCAGGCGCAUGCCCUUGUGUGGCACCAUGGUUGUGGGUGGGGUAUCGUGUAUCAUAUCUGGAUUUAUCCCCAAUGACAUGGUAGCGGUUAAGGUCACAUUCGCCAUGUUGGGGAAGUUUGGCAUCACAGCUUCAUAUGGUAUAAUUUACUUAAUGGCAGCCGAGUUGUUUCCGACGGUUGUCAGAAAUGCCGGUAUGGGUGUAUCCUCUAUGUGUGCCCGUAUAGGGGGCAUGCUGGCUCCUCAGAUGUUAGAGUUGAAGCAGGUUUGGGGACCCCUGCCCCUCAUCCUCUUUGGUGGUCUGUCAGUAUUUGCUGGUGCCCUCGCUUUGUUACUUCCGGAAACUGCGGGAAAACCCCUUCCACAAACAAUAGAGGAUUGUCUGAACAAUAGAUCUAAGAAAGUUACCAAAGAUGCAGAGACAUCGGAGAAGAUCAACUUAGAGGAAAGGCAAUAGUCUAGUCUACA